AUGUCUGCUGAACCUCAACAGAUCAAGCUUCAGAGCUCUGAUGGAAUCGAACUUACCGUGGAUCGUGUCGUUGCUGAACGCUCCGUUCUCAUUAAAAACAUGAUGGAGGAUAUCGGCGAUCAAGCCGUCGCCGAAGCCGUCAAUGAAGCUGUGUUGAACAAGGUCAUCGACUGGUGCAAGCAUCACAAGGACGACCCCCCUGCCGCCAACGAGGAUGAGAACGACUCGCGCAAGAAGUCAACGGACAUCGAUGAAUGGGACCAAAAGUUCAUGCAGGUUGAUCAAGAGAUGUUAUUCGAGAUCAUUUUGGCCGCAAAUUACCUCGAUAUCAAAGCACUACUCGACGUCGGCUGCAAGACGGUUGCCAACAUGAUCAAGGGCAAGUCACCUGAGGAGAUCCGCAAGACAUUCAACAUCCAGAACGACUUCACGCCCGAGGAGGAGGACCAGAUUCGCCGUGAGAAUGAGUGGGCUGAGGAUCGUUAA